GAUGGGUGAUGCUGAGAGCUGCCUGCUCAGACAACAGACACGCGAGGUCAGGAAGAAGCCGCUUAUAAAUUACCGCUUCCUCCGCGCCGCCGCCAGCGCAGAGCUCCGGGCCCUGGCCGCAGCCCCGUUCGCUUGCCAGCACCGAGCCCCGAGGACCGCGAGCCCGGAGACCGAGCCAAGCCGGGAAGGAGCGCGGAGCGCAGAGCCCGCGGGCCAGAGACUGAGCAGGAGGGCAGCCCCCGGCCAGUGGAGCCGAGCGCAGCCGAGCGCAGCCCCGCGGCCACCCCAGGUCCAGAACAACAGCCCUUUCCGAGGAGCCUCCAAAACAAAUCAAGGAGGAUAUGGCCACCAAGGAGAAACUGCAGUGUUUGAAAGACUUUCACAAAGACAUCUUGAAACCAUCCCCGGGGAAGAGCCCAGGCACGCGGCCCGAAGAUGAGGCAGAGGGGAAGCCCCCUCAGAGGGAGAAGUGGUCCAGCAAGAUCGACUUUGUGCUCUCUGUGGCUGGUGGCUUCGUUGGCUUGGGCAACGUCUGGCGUUUCCCGUACCUCUGCUACAAAAAUGGUGGAGGUGCGUUUCUCAUACCAUAUUUCAUUUUCCUGUUUGGCGGCGGCCUGCCUGUGUUUUUCCUGGAGGUAAUCAUAGGCCAGUACACCUCUGAAGGGGGCAUCACCUGCUGGGAAAAGAUCUGCCCCUUGUUCUCCGGCAUCGGCUAUGCCUCCAUCGUGAUCGUGUCCCUCCUGAAUAUAUACUACGUCAUCAUCCUGGCCUGGGCCACAUACUAUCUGUUCCAGUCCUUCCAGUCGGAGCUGCCCUGGGCACACUGUAACCACAGCUGGAACACGCCGCAGUGCAUGGAAGACACUAUGCGCAAGAACAAGAGCCUGUGGGCCACCCUCAACACCAACAACUUCACCUCGCCCGUCACCGAGUUCUGGGAGCGCAAUGUGCUGAGCUUGUCCUCUGGAAUCGACGACCCCGGCUCCUUGAAGUGGGACCUUGCUCUCUGCCUUCUCCUCGUCUGGCUGGUCUGUUUCUUCUGCAUCUGGAAGGGCGUCAAGUCCACGGGAAAAGUUGUCUACUUCACGGCCACCUUCCCCUUCGCCAUGCUCCUGGUGCUGCUGGUCCGUGGACUGACACUGCCCGGUGCAGGCGCAGGCAUCAAGUUUUAUCUGUACCCCGACAUCAGCCGCCUGGAGGACCCACAGGUAUGGAUUGAUGCCGGGACCCAAAUAUUCUUCUCCUACGCCAUCUGCCUGGGGGCCAUGACCUCUCUGGGGAGCUACAACAAGUACAAGUACAACUCGUACAGGGACUGUAUGCUGCUGGGAUGCCUGAACAGUGGUACCAGUUUUGUGUCUGGCUUCGCAAUUUUUUCCAUCCUGGGCUUCAUGGCACAAGAGCAAGGGGUGGACAUUGCUGAUGUGGCUGAGUCAGGUCCUGGCCUGGCCUUCAUUGCCUACCCAAAAGCUGUGACAAUGAUGCCGCUGCCCACGUUUUGGUCCAUUCUCUUUUUUAUUAUGCUUCUCUUGCUUGGACUGGAUAGCCAGUUUGUUGAAGUCGAAGGACAGAUCACGUCCUUGGUCGAUCUUUACCCAUCCUUCCUAAGGAAGGGUUUCCGUCGGGAAAUCUUCAUCGCCUUCAUAUGUAGCAUCAGCUACUUGCUGGGGCUGGCGAUGGUGACGGAGGGUGGCAUGUAUGUGUUUCAACUCUUUGACUACUAUGCAGCUAGCGGUGUAUGCCUUUUGUGGGUUGCAUUCUUUGAAUGUUUUGUUAUUGCCUGGAUAUAUGGCAGCGAUAACCUUUAUGACGGUAUUGAGGACAUGAUUGGCUACCGGCCUGGGCCCUGGAUGAAGUACAGCUGGGCCGUGGUCACUCCAGUUCUCUGUGUUGGAUGUUUUAUCUUCUCUCUCGUCAAGUACGUACCCCUGACCUACAACAAAGUCUACGUGUACCCCACCUGGGCCAUCGGGCUAGGCUGGAGCCUGGCCCUGUCCUCCAUGAUGUGCGUCCCCUUGGUCAUGGUCAUCCGCCUCUGCCAGACGGAAGGGCCGUUCCUUGUGAGACUCAAGUACCUGCUGACCCCGAGGGAACCCAACCGCUGGGCCGUGGAGCGUGAGGGAGCUACGCCCUACAGCUCCCGCCUGGCCGUGAACGGCGCUCUCAUGAAACCGACCCACAUCAUAGUAGAGACCAUGAUGUGAGCUCUCGGGCGCUCGGGCGGACGGGCUGCUUCCCUGCUGUUUACUAACAUUAGAUUCUCAUAGGACCAGGUUUACAGAGCUUUCUAUUUGCACUAGGAUUGUUUUUUUUAAUUGUCACAGAAAAUGUUACUCUGUGUGCGUGCGUGCGUGCGUGUGUGUGUGUGGUAUCGUGUGUAUGUGUUUUUUGUUUUGAUUUGGGGAUAUUUUAUACAAAAAAGAAAACCCACCGGCGGAUGUCCGGGGCGAGGCAGAGUUUUCAUAUUGAAUUAGAUGUAUUUUAUGGGAACUUGGUAAAUUUUUCUUUGUAUUUUUUUUUUUACAUAUAACUAUAUAUACAUUUAGAGAUUGUCAUACACUUUUACCACUUGAAUCGAUCUUGCCAGCAACAGAUCUCGUUUUCAAAAGCAAUUCUUCGGUGCUUGUAUAGCUGGCAGAAAGUUCUGCCCCCAAAAACACAGGGUGGAAUUUUCCUGGACGGGAGACCCAUUUUAAAGGUGUAGUACCUUCCCAGCCUGGUUCAGAUAGAAGCAUACAGCAGAGGGGAGGCCCCACCAGCCGGCCUGACCCAGAGGGACUAGAGAAAGGAGGGCCACAGGGAGAGGUUUCAUUACACUUGUCUUAGCCAAGAAGAGAGAUGCCAAAAUAGUGAAUCAACGCCUCCAGUCAAGGGACUGACUUAGAGCUGACAGGUGAGGCCUUACAGCCAAAGUCUGAUUCUCUAGAAACCGUUGCACCAAGAGCAAAAUCCCGCCUGUUAUUUUGAGAUGGAGGGUGGAUAGUCAGAAGGACUGUCAGAUCGAUUGUCAGAACCAUUCAUCGGAGCGGGGGCAGUAAGAGCUCCAAGAGGGUGCUGGUGAGGAUGGAACCCCGACAUUCAGGAGGCCUCGGGAGGCUGCAGUCCCAUGGCUUCCCAGCUAGAGUUCGAGGCCGGCGUUGCGGGAGCCGCCAGCGGUCUCAGGGCUCCGACCCUCACAACGGAUGGGUCUGUUGCGUUUUAAUGGGGUUCUGUCAGGUUCUGGCCGGCCCCCGCUGACCUCUCUCGCAGCUGCCUGUAGGAGAGAAACAUGAUGUAUUUGGUGAGGGACGAGGGGUGAGCCAGUGGACCAAAGGGUGUGGGCCCAGGCGUUCAGAGAGAAAUGGUGUCAGGGAGGGGUGCUUUUCUUUCCUCAGCAAUCCACGCUCAGCUCUGUCCUCGUCUCCCAGGGGCUGGGAAACUCCCGACACGCUCCCGGCUCAGGGCUGCCCCAGCUCCUAGCUGGGAGUGCCAAGAGUGCUUUUGGAGCCUCCCUGGAUCUUUGACUUGGGCGAAAUGCUCCCAAACCCUCCUCCCCGUUCAGGCAGAAGAGCAGCCCUUGGUGGUGACUCGGGAGAUGGUGAAACUCUUCACAACUCCUGCGGUAGCUGGUGUUAGAUACACACUAUGUGGGGACCGAGGAGAGGAGGUGAGAGGGCAUUUUCUAGAAGGGUGGGAUUGUUCAGGGGGCUGGCACCCCAGAACUGGCUUACCCAAGAGCCUGUCUUCUCUGAACCAGGAGGGAAGGUACUCCACCUUUAAAAUCCCAAGACGGACACGUCUCCGCCCCAGCCCCCAUUUGGACCUAAACUGUGCCAUUUAAACUGUCACUUCCAAGUUCAGAGUCUAAAUAUGACACGUUGUCACGCACAAAUUACAGUGACGGCCUCGUGGGGCGUGGAGAGUGGUCCACCUCGGGUUUUCGGAGCAGGGGCUCUCUGAAUCCUGGAACCCUCUCCCCAGAUUCGGGAGGGGAGGAGCCUCUGGAGUCCGAGGAGCAGAGGCAGUUCUGAACCUCUUCUCUUUGGCAAGCAUCCACAUUUCACUGUUUCCAAAGCGUAUACUCUGCCAAACAAUACCCAGUCCUAUUCCAAACUGUUAACAAUUCUGUGUUCCUGUUUCUCUAUGUAUUUAUGGUUGCCGCUGUGUCUGAUUUGAUUUUGUCAGUUUUUUUUUCCUAAUUUUACCGAGUAGCAAUGUGACCAGUUUUCCUUUGUCUCAUGGAACUUAGUAAACUAACCACUGUCAACGAUUGGGGACAGGUGACACGUGGGGUCGAGGGGGGCCUGGCGUGCUGUGGCUGCCUGGGCAUUUUGUGGCCAUUUCAGGCUACAAUGUCUCCCCUCUGGUGAAAGGCUACAGUAUUUUGGGUUGGUAGGCAAAUUGCAACAUUCUGGAAAUGGCCUGGGAAAGGCCUCUCCUCUUAUGAAAUUCGCAGACCAAAUUCUAGACCAAAGACACAUGCAGACCAAGUCCCCAGGCCCCGCCUGGAAGGAAGGUCAGCCACUUUCCCCAAGCCCGCUCCUCGACAAUCGCCCGGUGCACCUGUCUCCAAUUGAACCCUCUUGUCUACUCCCCUCGCCCUUGUGUUUCCGCAGAACUUGGCUCUGUGAGUACAAGGUGUGAUGGUGCGUGACUUUUCUAUGUCUCCUCAUAAAGGAAACCUGUCAUUGGAGCUCAUGACUCUGGUCCUCCUGUCUCUGGAGAACAGGCAGCCCGCCCACUCUCUGCCUUGGGAUGGCUUAGAAUUUCCAGUGCCCGCAGAUAGCCCGGCAGGCCGGCUCUGGAAGGGAAGCGAGGGAAGUGGUUAAAGAACUUGUUUUAGGAUGCAGAAAUGGGUAAAGGCCUCAGGAUAAAUCUCACCCGGGGAGAUGCUUCGCCGGGCCUGGCAUGGGCCGUGUCGGUCCCCGCAGUGGGCAGUCUUGCGUGGUCAGUGCCUCCCCGGUCAUCGCCCUUAUAAAAUGGGGAAAUGAGACCUGCUGUGAGGAAGAAGCUGGGCACGGCAAGCAGGGACUGGAGCCAGGCUGUCUGGAGUCCGUCUAGCUGCAGGUUCUCCAAAGGGUGUGUGACGAGUGGCGCGUGUAGCUCCCCAGUGUUCUCCCUGAAGACCAAAGACGAGCCUUUAUGAAAAAAGGAAGCGCUCUGUCCCCCCAGCGUUCAGGGACGAGGAGAGCAGCACCCCCCGUCCUCUCACCAUCCUUGGGCCAACUGGACCUCAAGCUGUGGCUCCGUGGGACCGACAACUGCCCUCCCUCUGGUAGGAGAGGUGGCACCCGUUCACCCUGGCCCUGCACCCAACAGCCCUCUGUGAGCUAGGAGCUGACCUCCCUAUGGCACAUGAGGAAACUGAGGCCCAGUGAAGCCGGUUGGUGUGCAAGAGGCAGAAUCCCUUAGGCAGGAUUUAGCCUGAGGCCACGAGGGACAUUCCCAGGCAGAGAAGUGAGUGGCCUUGGAUGAUUUCUGGGUGACAUGGCCCCCUCUCUGUACCUCUGCUCCCUCAUUCUUACCCCAGAUCCCAGCGCACCCCUAGAGAAGGUGGCAAAGUCCAAGGGGAGUGAGCCACCCUCAGCCUAGCACAGGGUGAUCUUGUGUCAUCUGGUGCCACUGCACAGUGGUCCGGGGCCCAGCCGGCAUCUCCCCAGCACUGCCCCUCUGGUCGGGGAAAUGCUCUGGGCAGCCAGGGCUAAAGGCAGACACUGCCUCUCUUCCCCUCCAGCCUCAGACACGGGCCAGGAAGGGACCCAAGAGAAACCCUGAGGUGGCUAGAGGUCCCAUCCAGCCCCGAGCCCCAAUGUCAGGCAGCCCCAGGCUGGGCUGUCCACGUGAAUGCUAUAAAUAGCCCGGUGCAAAAAUCCAACAGGCACAAACCAAACAACAUCCCAGAUAUCAAAACGCAGAGAGGGGUGUGGGCAACCUGGAAGCCAGAGAACAGCAUUUCCCUCGCCCCCAACGCCCUGUUAAUGCCUGGCCCUCAGACUGCUCUUGUUUUAAUCGGAAGCUAUGUUUCAUUGUUCUCUUGGUGGGUGUCACUACAGACGUGUUCUGACAGUUCCCUGAGGAAUCUUGUUAUAUAUUUGGCUUCCAAUUGAGAUGUUGGCUCCAUUUCUUUCUCCCCCCCCCCACCCUUAUUUUUUACCCACUUAAUUUUCGAAUCCCUAGCAACUGUGACUCUGUAUUUAGCACAAGAGAAAGCUGAGAACGUGGGUCUUGCCUCCUUCCAGAAAUAUGUCUGGCUCAUCAGGACUUUUUUUUAAAACUUCAAAAUAUUUUUAAGAUAUUUUAAACUUUUGUAAAAAAAAAAAAUCAACCAACGAGAGACUCUUCUGAGGAGGAAUUUGUAUUUGAAUAAGAUCCUUGGUGUGUAAUUCAGUCUUGCAGUAUACAAGCUUUUGUGUAUAAAUGUUUUAUGAUAUGAAUCCCUGUAUUUUGCAGGGCUUUUCUUUUCCUCUUUUGCUUUUUAGAUAAAUAUGUAUAUCGAUAUUUUAAAUUCAUCUUUGCUUUUUUUUUAGAGGAGUUUGUAAUCACCUUAUAACAUGAAAAUAAACAUUUCCUUUUUAAAAUCCAA